AUGGACCGGUCCGACAAGCAGGCCUAUGCAGGCCCCGAGAAAGAGGUGGCGCCCUCCCCGGAUCACUCUUACGACCACGAUGCUCAGGAUGGAGAAUUGGUGAAUGCGUCCGGUCAUCGCCAGGAAGUCGAGCGGAACUUCAGUCUGAUCAGUAUUUGCGCUGUGGCCGUGACGACCGGAAACACCUGGAUCGCUCAAGGUGGUAGUGUGACGGUGGCCCUGACGAAUGGUGGACUGGCCGGGACUAUCUAUGAAUUCAUUGCCGUUUCUUUGUGUUACUGGUUGGUAGCCGCGUCUAUCGCCGAACUGGCCUCGGGUAUGCCCUCAUCUAGUGGUGUCUAUCACUGGGCAACGGUCACGGCUGGCAAGUACGGCCGUGUGUGUGGCUUCUUCGCAGGAUGGUGGAACUGUCUCGCCUGGAUUCUUGGUGCCGCCUCGAUGUCGUUGAUUAUGGCUCAGCAGACGGUCUCCAUGUAUAUGAUGACCCAUCCCGACUUCUCCCCUUCGGCGUGGAAUACUUUCCUCGCCUUUAUUCUUUGCACCUGGUUCUGCUGCUGCAUUGUGCUCUUCAUGAACCGCUUCUUGCCAUACAUUGGCAACCUCGGAAUGUUCUUCAUUCUGGCUGGUGUGUUCAUCACUAUCGUUGUCUGCGCCGUGAUGCCCUAUGUGAAUGGUACUCCGUAUGCCACCAAUCAGCAGGUGUGGGCUGAGUUCGACAAUGGCACUGGAUACACCCAGACUGGCUUCGUUUUUGUCGCCGGCAUGCUGAACGGUGCCUACAGUGUCGGCACUCCUGACUGUUCAUCCCACUUGGCCGAGGAGAUCCCUCAGCCCAGCCGUAACAUUCCCAAGGCAGUCCUUGCCCAAAUGGGUGUCGGUUUCGUCACUGGUAUCCUCUACAUGGUUGCCAUUUUCUACUCCAUCAACAACCUUGACGAUGUCAUCGGCUCUCCGUACAAGUUCCCCUUGGCCACGAUUUACCAGCAAGCUACCGGAUCCCGCGGCGGUGCUCUCGGUCUCCUGAUUGUCGCCUUCUUGCCAACCUUGAUUACCGCCUCUGGCUGUUACAUCACCGCUGGCCGUACGUUGUGGACCAUCUCUCGCGAUCGUGCCACUCCCUUCUCUGGCUGGCUCGGACAUAUCAGCCCAACCUUCGGCAACCCCUUCAACGCCACUUUGACCUGCGGAGGUGUCGUCACCGUUCUAGCCUGCAUCUACCUCGGCUCGCAGACCGCAUUCAGCGCCUUUGUUGGUUGCUUCGUGCAGCUGUCCAGUCUGUCGUACUUCUUGGCAAUCUUCCCUCACAUCAUGACCCGCCGCUCAUCUUUCGUUCCCGGAUACUUCUUCAUGAACAACAAAAUCGGCUACGUCGUCAACACGCUGGCCUGUAUCUACAUUCUCGCUUUCGUGGUCAUCUUCUGCUUCCCCUUCGCCAAAGAAGUCACCCCACAAAACAUGAACUAUGCCAGUCUUAUGACUGGUGGCUUGACCCUCUUCGUUACCAUUUGGUGGUUCGUUCACCAAGGCUCAUACGAGGGUCCCAAGUUCGUCCCCUUGACUGACAAGGCAUUGGCGGAUGAUGCGAAAUAA